AUGAUUGCAUGUGCCUUUUGUUCUAGCUAUGAACAUGUAGAAAUAGAGUGUCCUAGAUACGAAGGAUUGAUGGCAAUGAAUGAUAGAGUUAGGCCCGCUCAACUUAUUGUUGGAAACUUAUGGUCAAAAAGGACACCUCAACCUCCUACAUACACAGCAUAUUGUGACAAUUACAAUAACCAAAAUUAUAAAAGAGGAAAUGGUAACACCUAUCAACCAUCAUUUCCCCCUCAAACAGCAAGCUCCCUUCCAGCCAUCUCAUGCCCACAGAAUUUUCAGUCCACUCAAACAACCCAUCCUGCUCAAAAUGAAGCCACCUUAGCUACUAAUGAAUUGUUGAAACAGAUGUUGCAGGAGCAAAGGGAGCAAAUGCAAGAGUUGAGGACAGAAAUGGAAAGAAUGAAGAUGAUGAUGUUAGGGCAGUCACAACAAAGCUACACCACACUCGAUAGACAAAAAGGUAAAAUGGUUGAAGUAGGGUCAAGUGAUUGUGAAGUAGGUCAAUUUCCUACUCAACCUAUUGUAAAUCCUCGAAAUUUAUAUUUUUCUACAAAAAAACAUUAUAGUCAUGAAGUAAAUAGUAAAGAACUAGAGUUAGAAACACUGCACGCUAUUUCAAGACAGGAAUGGAAAGAAGUUGCAUGA